CCACCUCAAAAUUCAGCAAUUGGCAACCAGGCAGGCCCUGACAAACUCACUGUUCCCACUACCACACAAACCCCGGCUACAACAGGACAGCAAGGACGACCAUCGUCCUCGUAACCCUUCCCAAACAGACCUGUGCCCGAACCUCAUUGCGUCCGAAAAAAAUGAAAGUGAAAACAAUAUCCCGCGGCGCCGACUUUGCCCGCGAGCGCUCGGGCGACAUUUACAAAGUCCAGCGCAACCUUGACCCGGAACUCCACCCUUUCGAGAGGGCACGUGAAUACACCCGCGCUCUCAAUGCAGUGAAACUCGAGCGCAUGUUUGCGAAACCCUUUGUGGGAGCUCUGUCGGGGCAUAUCGAUGGGGUUUAUUGUGUCGCAAAGCAUCCAACCAAGCUGACGACCGUUUUCUCGGGGAGUGCUGAUGGAGAGGUUCGGAUAUGGUCGCUGACAAACAACAAGACAACAUGGUCGACAAAGGCGCAUCAUGGAUUUGUGAGAGGCAUAUGUUCCGUGCCUUUCAGCGACAAUUUCUUCACUGUGGGUGAGGAUAAGACGGUUAAGAUGUGGUCGGCAGAUUCUACCGAGCCACUGCAAACAUAUGCGUCGAGACAUGCGUUCAAUGGUGUAGAUCAUCACAGGACGAGAAACACCUUUGCGACAUCUAGCACACAGAUUGACAUCUGGGAUCACCAAAGAGCCGAACCAGUCCAAACUUUUUCAUGGGGCGCCGAAACCACCACCUCCAUCAAAUUCAACCAAACGGAAACCUCCAUCUUCGCCACCUGCGGCACCGAUCGCACCAUCAUCCUCUACGACCUGCGCACGAACUCCCCGCUCUCCAAAACCAUCAUGGCGAUGCGCACGAACGCCAUCGCUUGGAACCCCAUGGAAGCCUUCAACUUCACCAUCGCCAACGAAGACCACAACUGCUACACCUUCGAUAUGCGCAAAAUGCAGUCCGCCAUGAACGUGCAUAAGGACCACGUGUCCGCUGUGCUCGAUAUCGAUUACUCGCCCUCGGGAGAGGAGUUUGUGACGGGCGGGUAUGACCGCACAGUGAGGAUAUUCAAGAGCAGGGAGGGGCAUAGUCGAGAUGUGUACCAUACCAAGCGGAUGCAGAGGAUCUUUUGUGUCAAAUUUAGCAUGGAUGCGAAGUUUGUGCUGAGUGGGAGUGAUGAUGGGAACAUUCGGUUGUGGAAGGCGGGUGCUUCUGAUAAGUUGGGCACGACAACCAACCGCGAACGCGCCGCCGUCAGCUACACAAAAGCCGUCAAAGAGCGCUACAAGCACAUGCCCGAGAUCCGCCGCAUCGAUAAGCACCGCCGCAUCCCCAAGGCCAUCAUCAAGGCCAAGGAUACCAAGCGGGUCAUGACCGAGUCGAUCAAACGCAAGGAGGAGAACCUGCGGAAGCAUACCAAGGAGGGCGCGGUGCCGUAUCAGGCGGAGCGGAAGAAGAAUGUGCUUGUUAACGAGAAGUAGAGUGGAAAACUGGGGUCGCAUCGGGAGGCAUCCGGCAUCACAGCACCUCACAUCAAAGCCGUUCCCUUCAACAUCCGUCGCGCAAACCACCAUCCGUCAUCAACACCCUUAACUUAAAACACUUUUUUUGUCUCCCAUUUUC